AUGGGUGUGCUUGCAGCCCAGCGAUCGUCUUCUCGCGGUCUUGCUCGCGCUGCCGUCGCUCAGCGAUGGUUGAGCACCACCUCCCGCGUUGCGACUGCUUCCACUGCCGCAACCAAGGUCGAGUCUAGUAAGGCUCGUACUGCCUCUGUUCCAGCUCGACGCACCUACUCGAGCGCCGCUGCUCGCGAGAACGUUUACGACAGGGAGACCAUCACCAGGCUAUUGUACUCGCUCGCCUCGCGCAAAGAGGUCGAGCGUUACCUCCGCAUCUUCUCGGCUGCUGACAAGUUCGCCGUCAUCAAGGUUGGUGGUGCUAUUCUCACCCACCAGCUCGAAGAACUUGCUCUCAGCUUGUCCUUCCUUCACAGGAUCGGCCUCUACCCUAUUCUUCUGCACGGUGCUGGGCCUCAGCUGAACGAGCUUCUCGAGAAGGAGGGUGUCGAGCCAGACUACAUUGACGGUAUCCGAAUCACCGAUGCCAAGACCCUCAAGGUGGCUCGUCGCAUUUUCUUCGAGGAGAACAUGCGUCUCGUUGAGAAGCUUGAGUCGUUGGGAAGCCGUGCUCGACCCAUUCCCAUCGGUACCUUCACCGCCGAAUACCUCGACAAGGACAAGUAUGGUCUUGUCGGCAAGAUCAACAAGGUCGACAAGGAGCCCAUCGAGAGUGCUAUCCGAGCCGGCUGCUUGCCCAUUCUCACUUCUCUCGCUAUCACUAACGACGGCCAGAUCCUCAACGUCAACGCCGAUGUGGCUGCUUCAGAGCUUUCUAAGACGCUCGAGCCGCUCAAGAUCGUCUACCUCAACGAAAAGGGCGGUCUCUACCACGGCAAGACCAAGGAGCUGAUGGAAGUCAUCAACCUCGAUGAGGAGUACGACGAUCUUAUGAAGGAGGAGUGGGUCAAGUACGGCACCAAGCUCAAGCUGCGCGAGAUGAAGGAGUUGCUCGACCACCUCCCCCGCUCCUCGUCCGUUGCUAUCAUCUCAGUCGACCAGCUCCAGAAGGAGCUCUUCACCGACAGCGGUGCCGGUACGCUCAUUCGACGUGGUUACAAGCUUUACCGCAAGAACAGCAUCGAAGAGGUCGGUGCUGAGCGCAUCCGUCAGGUGCUCAAGGAGAACGACGAAGAGAUCAAGGACGGCCGCAAGUCGGUUGCCGAGUUCUUCUCCGAGAUCUCCCAGCAUCCUUACACUGUCUACGGUGACGAGCCCUUCGACUGCGUUGCUUUUGUUUCGCAGCCCCAGCGCGAGGUUCCUAUUCUCCAGAAGCUCGUCACCACCCGCAACGGGGUGCUCAACGGCGUCAACGACAACAUCUGGAAGCAGAUCCGCAAGGACCACAAGCGUCUCGUCUGGACUUCGCGUGCUGACGAUGACCAGCGAGCUUGGCACUACGAGCGCGCUGACGGCUCCUUCACCCGAAACGGCCGUUCGCUCUUCUACUACGGCAUCCAUGACGUUGCCGAGGUUGAGACCAUUGUUCGCAACCUUGAAGAGAAAAACCGCAUCGAGCGUGCUUACUUGCCCCUCAAGCCUGCUAAGCCCACCGCACCGAGCGGUACCCGCGCUUACUCGACCAUGGCUCGUCCCGGUCUCACUUCCUCUCGCAUGAUGGGCGGUGCUCGCCGUGGUUACGCCACUGCUGUUGAGCGCAGCGGUCCAAUUCCUGGCUCUACCACCGACAAGAAGCGUGUUGCCCUUAUUGGCGCUCGUGGCUACACCGGUCAGUCGCUGAUCGCACUUCUCAACAACCACCCUCACAUUGAGCUAUCUCAUGUCUCGUCGCGAGAGCUCGCCGGUCUCCCACUUAAGGAGUAUACCAAGUCGCAGGUCAAGUACACCAACAUUGGCGUCGAGGACCUCAAGAAGCUCGAGCGUGGUGAAGGUCCUGGUGCUCCUCCUGACGCUUACGUCAUGGCGCUCCCCAACGGGAUCUGCAAGCCUUUCGUUGAGGCUGUUCAGGAAGGUGGUAAGAACAAGCCCAACGGUCAUGGUACUAUUGUCGACCUUUCUGCCGAUUACCGUUUCCAGAAUGAGUGGACUUAUGGUUUGCCAGAGAUUUACGGCCGCAAGCAAGUGCAAGGCGCAAAGCUAAUCUCCAACCCUGGAUGCUAUGCAACCAACAACCAAGCACUCAUUGCACCACUUCUUCCUGUUCUUGAUCUUUCCGCUGGACCUACCCUUUUCGGUGUUUCCGGAUAUUCCGGUGCUGGAACAAAAGCAUCCGAAACACCUAGUGGAGAGCGCAAGACGGUCCCAAAGAUCACUCCUCAAGACCUUGCUGGUGGAAUUCGACCCUACUCUCUUACAGAUCACAUUCACGAACGUGAAGCCGGACAUCAACUUACCAAGCUCCUCAAAGCCAACGGCCAAGAAGGUGAAGUGAAAGUGGCAUUCAUUCCUCAUGUCGCACAUUGGUUCCAAGGCAUCAUUUCAACACUUUCUGCUCCGCUGAACAAGAAGAUGAGCAGUAAAGAGGUCAAGGCUCUCUAUGAAGAGUUUUUCGCAAACGAGAAACUGGUUAAGGUGCAAGAUAAGGUUCCAGAGAUUAAGGAUAUCGAACUCCAACACGGGUUGAAAAUUGGUGGCUUCCAAGUUCACUCAGAGAGUAAAAGGGUAGUUGUGGUUGGUGUUAUCGAUAAUUUGUUAAAGGGCGCCGCUACUCAGUGUUUGCAGAACCUCAACAUCGCGCUGGGGUAUGAGGAGACUGCUGGUAUUCCAGAUCUCAAGUAG